CCGUCGGAAUCGCCAAAGAUAAGGUAAACGCCGGGCGCGCCCACUCAUUAUAUAUCGUGAAUUUCGUGUCUCAACCCGUACAGUAUUUUGCCCCCUCCUCGAAUUUGAAGGUUUCAACUGAUGGGGCAAGCUUUGGGUUGUCUUCAAGUAGACCAAUCAACAGUAGCUGUCACAGAAACUUUUGGGAAGUUCGAAGAUGUGCUUGAGCCUGGUUGCCAUUGUUUACCAUGGUGUUUUGGAAGACAAUUAGCUGGUGUCCUAUCCUUGCGUGUGCAGCAGCUGGAUGUUCGAUGUGAAACAAAAACCAAGGAUAAUGUGUUUGUUAAUGUGGUUGCUUCAAUUCAAUAUAGAGCCUUAGCAGAAAAGGCCUCAGAUGCUUUUUAUAAGCUCAGCAAUACAAGAGCUCAGAUCCAAGCCUAUGUCUUUGAUGUUAUUCGGGCAAGUGUUCCAAAGUUGGAGUUGGAUUCAGUAUUUGAACAGAAGAAUGAUAUUGCAAAAGCAGUGGAAGAGGAACUUGAAAAGGCCAUGUCACAUUAUGGGUUUGAGAUAGUCCAGACUUUAAUUGUGGAUAUUGAACCAGAUGAACAUGUGAAGAGAGCUAUGAAUGAGAUUAAUGCAGCUGCUAGACUGAGGGUGGCUGCAAAUGAGAAAGCCGAGGCAGAGAAGAUAUUGCAAAUUAAGAGAGCUGAAGGAGAUGCAGAGUCAAAGUAUCUGGCUGGGCUUGGGAUAGCCAGGCAGCGCCAGGCCAUUGUAGAUGGACUGAGGGACAGUGUGUUAGCCUUCUCUGAGAAUGUACCUGGGACAUCAUCAAAGGAUGUCAUGGACAUGGUUCUCGUGACUCAGUACUUUGAUACAAUGAAGGAGAUUGGUGCAUCUUCAAAGUCCAACUCUGUUUUCAUCCCACAUGGACCAGGUGCUGUAAGAGACAUUGCUUCUCAGAUCAGGAAUGGUCUUCUUCAGGCCAAUGUGACUCAGUAGUAAAAUCAUCUGGCACCAGGUGCUGUAAGAGACAAUAUGACUCAGAUGUCAAAAAUCAUCCGGCAGCACAGUAUAAAUUGAUAUAUGAAGUCAAUAUUUUCUUCAGACCUAGUUUUGUUGCUUGCUUGGUCCCUUAUAUGGCAGAGAAAUGUUAAGUGUGACUAUAGUAAAUAAUGGUGAGGAUUUUUCACACUUGUUAAUAUUAAGUGCUGUGCUUGGUUUGGGUUAACCAUUGUUGGUAAAUGUUUGAGAAACCAUGAUUUCAUGAUUUUUUCCUUUUACUUGUUAAAUAUUAUGCGCUGUGUUUGGUUUGGGGUUACCAUUGUCAGUAAAUGUUGAGAAAGUGU